GCCGCUCUGGCAACAGUGCGCCCAAGGGAAGAGGACGGAAGGGAGGGAGCGACCGGCGGCCCUUCACUUCACCCUUUAUUAUUGUGUUAGUCCUUUUGUUCCCGUGUGUCUGGGCGUGGCCAUGGCGGCGCGGCGGCUCCUGGCGGUGGUGGCGGCCAUGGCGGUGCUGGGCGGCCUGGCGGAGGGGCUGUACUUCCACAUCGGCGAGACGGAGAGGAAGUGCUUCAUCGAGGAGAUACCCGACGAGACCAUGGUGACGGGUAACUACAAGCUGCAGCUGUAUGACCCUCGCACGGGCGGGUUCAUGCCCUCCUCGCCGGGGCUGGGCAUGCACGUGGAGAUCAGGGACCCAGAUGACAAGGUGUUGCUGUCCCGCGUGUACAGCAGCGAGGGGCGGUUCACCUUCACCUCCCACACUCCCGGCGAGCACGUCAUCUGCCUCUACUCUAACUCGACCAAGUGGUUCUCCGGAUCACAGCUGCGCGUCCACUUUGACAUCCAAGUGGGUGAACACGCGGUGGACUACGCUUCCAUGGCCCAGAAGGAGAAGCUGACGGAACUCCAGCUGAGGGUGCGGCAGCUGCUGGACCAGGUGGAGCAGAUCACCAAGGAACAGAACUACCAGAGGUACCGAGAGGAGCGCUUCCGGGUGACCUCCGAGAGCACCAAUCAGCGAGUGUUGUGGUGGUCGGUGGGCCAGGUGGCAAUACUGCUGGCGAUGGGUUUCUGGCAGAUGCGGCACCUCAAGAGUUUCUUCGAAGCCAAGAAACUGGUGUGAGGUGUGUGUGUGUGUGUGUGUGUGUGUGUGUAAAAAGGAGAGUUGCUUUGUUCAUAUAUGUUUUCCUUUCAUCAUUCAUUUAGUUAGCUUUCUCUGUCUAUUUGUCUUGUGUGUUGUAGAAAGACUGGUGAGGUGUGUGUGUGUGUGUGUGU